AUGGCCUGUGCGGGGCUGGCGGGCUGGUCCUGGCCGCUGCGGGACCCGGGCUUCUGCGCGCUGCUGGCGACCGCCGGGCUUCUGCUAGGGCUCUGCUGGCUGCUGAGCCGCCCGCCCCGGGGGCUCCCGCCCGGCCCCAGCCCCUGGCCGCUGGUGGGCAACUUCGGCUUCGCGCUGCUGCCCGGCCCGCUGCGGAGGCGGUGGCUGCUGGGCGGGCGGGCCGGGCAGGGGGGCUCCCGGCCGCUCUCCCCGCACCUGCUCUUGACCCGCCUGGCCGAGGUCUACGGCAGCGUCUUCAGCCUCUUCGUGGGCAGCCGCCCCAUGAUCGUGCUCAGCGACUUCGAGGCGGUGCGGGAGGCGCUGGUCAGCCAGGCCGAGGUGUUCAGCGACCGGCCCAGCGUCCCCAUCGUGUCUAUGCUUACCAAGAAGAAGGGUGUUGUUUUUGCACCAUAUGGCCCAGUAUGGAGACAACAGAGGAAGUUUUCUCACUCAACUCUUCGUCAUUUUGGAUUAGGAAAGCAUAGCCUGGAACCGAAAAUCAUUGAAGAACUGAAGUAUGUGAAAGAAGAAAUGCUAAGAUAUGGAAAAGAUCCAUUUAACCCUUUUCCUAUUAUCAGCAACUCUGUGUCCAAUGUUAUCUGUUCUAUGGCCUUUGGCAGGCGCUUUGACUAUGAAGACGUUGAGUUUAAAACCAUGCUAAGUCUCAUGUCACGUGCACUAGAGAUAAGUGUAAACAGCCAUGUACUUCUGGUCAAUAUUUGUCCUUGGCUGUAUUAUCUUCCCUUUGGCCCUUUCAGAGAACUGAGACAAAUUGAGUUUGAUGUCACAGCUUUUCUAAAGAAAAUAAUUGCACAGCACAGGGACACUCUAGAUAGAGAAAAUCCCAGGGACUUCAUCGAUAUGUAUCUCCUCCAAGUAGAAGAAGAGAGAGAGAGCAACAGUGAGAGCAGCUUUAACGAAGACUACUUGUUUUUUAUCAUUGGUGACCUCUUCAUCGCAGGCACUGACACCACUACCAACACACUGCUCUGGUGUCUGCUCUAUAUGUCUCUCCACUCAGAAGUACAAGAAAAGGUUCAUACAGAAAUUGAAGUGGUCAUUGGGCGUGACAGAGCUCCUUCUCUCACUGACAAGGCUCAUAUGCCCUUCACAGAGGCGACCAUCAUGGAGGUCCAGAGAAUGACUGUGGUUGUUCCUCUUUCUGUUCCUCGAAUGGCCUCAGCAACUGCUGUGCUACGGGGAUAUACUAUUCCUAAAGGCAGUGUGAUUGUGCCCAACUUAUGGUCAGUGCACAGAGAUCCAAAUAUAUGGGAGAGACCAGAUGACUUCCAACCAACAAGAUUUCUGGAUGAAAAUGGCCAGCUAAUCAAAAGAGAAAUGUUCAUUCCUUUCGGAAUUGGUAAACGUGUGUGCAUGGGAGAGCAGCUGGCAAAAAUGGAGCUGUUCUUGAUGUUUGUAAAUCUCAUGCAAAAUUUCACCUUUUUGUAUCCUGAGAAUGCUACAAAACCAGCCAUGGAAGGAAGAUUUGGUCUAACUUUAGCUCCAUUUCCAUUCAAUAUAAUUGCUUUGAAGAGAUGAAGAAACUUGAAAAAAGACUAAAUGAAGAGAUACUGGACUUAGCAAAUUCAGCUUUAUAUUUUUAUCGUUCUAAGGUAUGAAAACAUAUAAACUAGUAACUAAAGGUUAGCUGGUGAGUUCCAAAAGUGACUGGAUGAGAGCAUGUUAGACAGUCUGAUGUUCUUCGCCUUUUUAUUUCCUUUUUAAGAUGCAGUUACUCAAUCUGUUACCAUUAAUUUUGGGACAAAGGACCAAAAUAACGCAUGACGCUUUACAAGUAUCAAGUGUCAUUUUGGUCAAUAUGUUGUCAAAGUGCUUUGUGUAUACACUUGCCAAAUAAAAGGAAGGAUGUGAUCAACUGAUACUAGAGGAAGCAUUAAAUGACUUAAGGGGUUUGUAUGAAGAAACAUGGUAACUAAAUGCUAUGUUGCUGAAGAGUGUUAGAAAUGACAAGAACGGUGAUACUAAGGCUCGCAAGUGGCUCUUUAAUGUUUAUCCUGUGGCUCUUUGCAGCACUAGAUAUUAAAACACA